CUGACUAAUUUGAUUCUUCGUACAUUGAAGAUCAAAACACCUUUGGUGAUGUACAUUUCGGUAAACUUCAUUUCUACUAUCUGUAUUUCGAUAAUGUUGACUUCGGCGAUCUCGCAUUCGGUAAUGAGGCGCACAACCCUUAAAUUUGUCCUUGCCAAUAAUUUUUGUACUGAAUUUGAUCAGAAAACAAGACCCAAAAUAUCACUAUCAGAUAUUUAAAAAAGUUGAUGAUUUCUUGAAUUUGAUUAAUAAAACAUUCUCUCUUCUAAUCCUUAGGUAAGUGCGUGAAAUUUACAUUUCACACUCUUUCAAGAUUAAAAGACAAAAUACAAUUAUAAUCUUAAAGCUUUUAUUUUCGUAACAACAAAAUGUCAUUUGUCUACUUGUGUGCAGAGACAAAAGAAAUAUACUCAUGCACAUUUAAUGUCGUUGUAUUUGCCAUUCAUUUUUAUUUUUAUUGCAUUUCAAAGUAGUAUUUCAAUAAAAUAGAGAAAUAAUGAUAGACGUUGUAUAUUAUUAUUAUUUAGAUGCAUGUAGUAUACUAGUGACUGAUACAGAACGAAUAAAGAUUGAUUUUUAUUUAUUAUACUAAUCAUCAUUUUAGCAACAACUAAGGGACAUGGUGCAUCUAAAAGGUCUUUUCUCUAAUAGGUAAGCAAAUAUGACAUGCAAAAAUAAAACAAGAAGAAAGAAAUAUGCAUUCCGGUCUUGUACAAGAUUUACGAUUUUUACUUAUUCCUACUUUUUAUCUGAUACUUUUCAGUUCAAAAGUCAUUUAUUUGUAUAAGCAAACGAAGUUUGAUUGUAUAAUGUUUCAAACUAUAGACAAUCUAUUAAUGAAUAUUUAUUUUCAAUAGACUAAAAAAAAAUCAAUAUUGUUGACUUUAGAAAAGUGUCGAUAUGAUUUACACUGUAAGUCUUCAUUUUUCAUCGUCUAUUAAACAGAAUGAUUUUUCUAAGAUAAUAAAACUCAACAAAAUUAAGAAGUGUCGUUUAGGAAGAUAAGCAAAAUAACAAAAGCCUUCAUUAGAUAUUUAUGUUUUCUCUUUGUUUUUUUUCUUAUCUCUUAAGAAAUAUUCAGAGAAUAUAUCAGUUUAUGUUUUUUUUUGAUAUACUGAAGAAUUAAAAUCAUAUUUAUCGAUAACUACCCAGGUAGACAAACUAUUGAGAAAACGCGUUUAAACACACAAAAAUUGGCCUAAAGUCAGCAAAAAAUGGGCGUUUUUGGCACAUAGUAGAGAACCUCAAGUGUGAGCCAAAAACGUCCACUUUUUGCUGAUUUUAGGCCAAUUUUUGUGCGUUUAAACGCGUUUUCUCAAAAGUUUCUCUGCCUGGGUAACACUCUGUGUACUUGAUAUAAUGAGUUUUGAUUAAUCAUUUCUAAAAUUUGGUAAUAUAAACCGUACACAUCUCUUACAUGGACAAAAGAAAAACAUUCAUGUCGAGGUAUUUCGAAAUCGACAACAUUAAUCCCGUUUGUUUAACUCAAUUGUUUGUGUCUAAAAAAAUAUAUAAUGAAGCAAUCUUCCUGUGAUUAGCAACAGUAGCACCAUUGUGUCUUACAUUUUAAUCUCACAGAGAUAGUCCUAACAUCUUUUAUUAUUCUAUCGAAAAUUAAUUACCUUUAGAAAACGAAGGUACAUUACAGCUUUUCUUCUUUUUAUUUCAAAUAAAUUGAUUAUUUAGAUUCAUUUUUCUAUUUACAUUUAGACGACAAAUAUUUAUCUUUACUGUUGCUGCUAUUUCUGUUCUUGCUAUCAUUGGUGUUAUUACUGGUCUUGUUCUUGGCUUAAGAAGAUCUUCCCUGAAUGUCGAAGAAGAAGUAUGUGGCGCGGGCCAUGAAACUUAUACUAUAAAUGGUUCAUCAAUUUUGGGAAAAUAUUCUCGAGCAGCUGUAGCUGUUGAUAAUAGUGAAUGUUCAACAGUUGGACGAAUUAUCUUAGAAAAAAAUGGUACAACAAUGGAUGCUGCUUUAGCAGCAGCUAUUUGUAAUGGUGUUAUGAAUGCACAGUCAAUGGGUAUUGGUGGUGGAUGUGUUAUAACAGUUUAUUCAAAGGAAAGAAACAAAACCUAUAGUAUUAUUGGAAGAGAAAAAGCACCAUUAGCUGCUAAUUCAACCAUGUUUAUUGGUAGAGAAAAUAUGUCUGUAGCUGGUGGAUUAGCUAUUGGAGUACCUGGUGAAUUACGAGCUUAUGAAAAGGCUUAUAGUGAAUUUGGUGGAGGUGUAUCAUGGAAAGAACUUUUUCAACCAACAAUUCAAUUAUGUCGAGAAGGUUUUCGUGUUAGUGUAUCACAAGCGCAAGCUAUUAAACAAACAACACGUGUCAUUCUUAAUGAUCCUGCAUUGAGAGAACUUUUUGUAAAAAAUCCAAAUACAAAUGAAUUAUAUGGUGCUGGUGAUUUAAUGAAACGACCAAAAUUAGCUCGUACACUUGAAAUAAUAGCUGAACAAGGUGCUAAUGCUUUUUAUACAGGCGAAUUAGCUGAUAAAAUUGUUAAAGAAAUUCAAGAUCGAGGUGGAAUUAUAACAAAACAAGAUCUUGCUGAUUAUAAUGUUGAUUUUCAAGAAGCAUUAACUAUUGAUCUUAAUAGUUCAAUAACUGCAUUUACAACACAUGCACCUACAAGUGGACCUAUUCUUACUUUUAUUUUAAAUAUUCUUCAAGGUUAUGAUAUGCAUGAAAAUGAUUUAAAAACACCAACAACAUCUUCUUUAUUUUAUCAUCGUCUUAUUGAAGCAUUUAAAUUUGCUUAUGCAAAAAGAAGUGAACUUGGUGAUCCAUCAAAGAUAAAUAUUACUGAACUUAUUCGUAAUUUAACGUCAAAAGAAUAUGCUAACGAUAUACGAUCACGAAUUAAUGAUGAUAAAACAUUUGGUUUUGAAUAUUAUGGUGGUACAUGGUUAGAUAAAAUGACAACAGGAACAGCUCAUUUAUCAGUUGUUGGACUUGAUGGUGAUGCUGUUGCAUUAACAUCAACUGUUAAUCUUUAUUUUGGUUCAAAAGUUGUUGGUCCCGAAACAGAUAUUAUUUAUAAUGAUGAAAUGGAUGAUUUUUCAACUCCAAAUACAACGAAUGCUUUUGGUGUACCAGCAAGUCCAGCUAAUUAUAUAGCACCAGGAAAACGACCUGUUUCAUCUAUGGCACCUUUAAUUAUAAUGGAAAAACAUAAUCAACGUAUACAACAAGUUUUAGGUGCUAGUGGUGGUACACGAAUAACAACAUCCAUAGCUCAAGUAUCCAUGCUUAACUUAUGGUUUAAUGAUGAUAUUAAAAAAGCAAUUGAUUCUCCACGUCUUCAUUCACAAUUAUUACCGCAAGAAGUUAUUGCUGAAAAUGGUUUUAAUUAUGAUAUAUUAAAACGAUUGAAAGCUCGUGGUCAUAAUAUAACAUGUGGUGCUUUUGGUGGUUCUACAAUACAAGGUAUUGAAUGGCGUGAUGAAGUCAAUCAAUACUGGGCUAACUGUGAUAUACGUAAAGGUGGUGCACCUGAUGGAAUAUCUUAA